AUGACAACCUUAAUGUUAAAAGGCCGCAAAUCCAAAGCUGUCUGGGAUGACAACAAGGACAAAACCCUCCUCGAUGAGCUUCUCAAACAAUGCCAUUUAGGCCGCAGAGCUGGCAACAGCUUCAAACCACGGGCCUGGAAUGAAGUAACCAUGCUAUUCAACAAAGUAUUCUCCCCAGAGCUUAAUGUUGAGCAAGUGAAGACUAGGGUACGGCGAGUAAGUUUAAUACCUCUAUAAAUUCUGAGAAUAAAUUAAACUAAUCAAGUAUCAACAGCUGAAGCAGUCAUAUGAGGCCUUUGAGACAUUGAGAGCAAAUUCUGGCUUUGGAUGGAAUGAGGCAGAUCAGGUAGUAACUGCGCCAGAGGAGGUUUGGGCGGAAUAUAUUAAGGUAAGCAGAGUUAUAUUGAUACAAGCACAUAGAAAAUAUUAUACUAACAUCACUAUCUACACAAAUAUAGGCACAUCCAGAAGCACGCCAAUUCAAAAACUGUACUUUGAAGUUUUAUUCUGAGAUGAAGGAGUUUUUCAACAACACAGUAGCUACCAGAGAGCUAGCUACUGCUACUGGAAUGAGAACACAGAAGAGACAGCAUUCUGAGUAUACCAUUGAAAGUAGCAGUAGUGAUACUGAUCCUGAUGUUGAUGUCUCUUCACCAAAUUCCUUUUCUAUAGCCUCCAUCGAUCCGCUGACUCCUAUCAUUCAUCAGCCUCAAGCGAAACAAACCCUUUCCAUUGAGCAUUCUUUAAGUCCUCACAUUCAAACUCUAAACCAUGCAAGGAGAAAGCAACCUCGAACAAGCCCUACACAUGUCAGCAUUCAAGCAAUAGCCGGUAGCGUUGAAUCUCUAGCUACCUCAAUCCGUGAAACCAGUCAGAAAUUUGAGACACCAUAUUUGGGUUCGACAAGUCGUACAGUUGGCCCCUUGGAUUCAUCUAUUGCCGUCCCGAAUAAUCAGAAUGGCCGUGGGCUUCCUGUACCAACAACACCAAUGGAUCAUGCUGUUCUUGUUUUGAACUGA